AUGGGUAAUCACACAAGUCAACGAAAGCAAGACAAUAAACAUAAAAAUAAUAAUUUAAAUCAAUAUGGAACAAAAUAUAGUCAUGAUGCUUCUGGUCGAAAACCUGCACCUUAUUAUGGUCCAGCUCCAAAUUAUGUUUAUCCAACAACGGAAUGGACUUAUACAUAUAUUCCAACAGUAGCUGCAGGUCGUGCAAAACGACCUGUCAUUUAUGUUGCAGCUCCGUUACCUGCUGCAAGUCAAUUUGGUGGUUUCGGUGGUAUUUGUGGUGGUGGUGGUGGUGGUUUACCUUUUGGAGGUGGUCUUCCAUUCGGAUUCGGAGGUGGUGCACCUUUCGCAGGUGGUCUCCCAUUUAAAUCUAAUUUUUCACGACGCCGUUAA